UCUGCCGUGGAUUUCCACCGGAAACAGAGGACUCGUCGUCCCGGAAAAGGAAACGUCACCAAAAUGAGGAGGUGUUUUUGAACAUUUGGCAGAAAACAAUACUCUCGCACACUUUUCUGCCCAGGAGGAAGAACAAGGAGAGGUCCCCGUUCAAAGUCGCGUCUUUAACUAUCCAGAAACGGUGCUUCUGAGAGGCAUGAAUGACUUUGCAGUUCUCAACACGGGCCGGAAGAUGCCCCUUAUCGGACUGGGAACAUGGAAGAGUGAGCCAGGAAAGGUGAAACAAGCAGUCAUCUGGGCCUUGGAGGCCGGGUAUCGCCACAUUGACUGUGCAGCCAUCUAUGGGAAUGAGGUUGAGAUCGGGGAAGCCCUGCAGGACACAUUCGGCCCUGGCAAGACCCUGAGACGAGAGGAUGUGUUCAUCACGUCCAAGCUGUGGAACACUCGACAUCACCCUGAGGACGUGGAGCCGGCCCUCCUGAAGACCCUGAAGGACCUGAAGCUGGAGUACCUGGACCUCUACCUCAUCCACUGGCCCUACGCCUUCCAACAAGGUGACGUUCCUUUCCCCAGAAAUGAUGAUGGCACCCUGCUGUAUGACAACAUAGACUACAAGCUGACCUGGGCUGCCAUGGAGAAGCUGGUGGAGAAGGGCCUUGUCCGAUCCAUCGGCCUGUCUAACUUCAGCAGUCGGCAGAUAGAUGACGUCCUGUCUGUGGCCAGCAUCAAACCCACUGUACUCCAGGUAGAGGGCCACCCCUACCUGGCCCAGGUAGAGCUGCUGGCCCACUGCCGGGAACGGGGCCUGGUGAUGACCUCCUACAGCCCUCUGGGCUCUCCCGACCGGGCCUGGAAACAUCCAGAUGAACCUGUUCUGCUUCAGGAGCCUGUGAUCAGCGCACUGGCAGAGAAAUAUAAAAAAUCCCCUGCACAGAUUAUCCUGAGAUGGCAGACACAACGAGGGGUGGUAACAAUCCCCAAGAGUGUGACGGAGUCCCGUAUCAAAGAGAACAUUCAGGUGUUCGACUUCACCCUUGAAGCUGAGGAAAUGAAAAGUAUUACUGCGCUGGACAAAGGCUGGCGCUACAUCGUACCAAUGAUCGAAGUGGAAGGAAAACGCGUUCCCCGGGAUGCAGGACAUCCUCACUACCCCUUCAACGACCCCUACUGACCCACUCGCACUGCAACCUGAAUUUUGUGCCUUCAACUACCCUACCAAACAGCGCAGCACCCUCCCGCAUCACUAAAUUUGUCACUAAAUGUUACUGGAUCCUGACAUUUUGUUCGUCUUAGAUCAUGUAAAAUCCUGCACUUAUCAUUAGAUUGUUACAAAUUAUUGUCGUGAUGAUCUGGAAUGACUGUGUACGUACUGUACGUGUUAUUUUUUAAAUAAACAUUUUGUUACUUCA